UACACUAUAUGACAUCCAGUAGAUUUCUAGCGGGGACCAAUCAGAGGGCUGCUGGCAGGUCACCGACUAGCGCGGCUAUUAUAACCAAUGACGGCCGGCGAGUCGGCUAUUAGCACCUUGUUUCAUGUAAAUUCCAUGAACUCAACCCAAGCGCCACGUUUUGCACAAGUUAACUUGCUUGUUUACACUUCAGUUCAGUACUUCAGUGUGUAAAAUCUACUUUGAUGAACGAAUCUAAGUGGGACUGUAGAAAUGAAGUUUUACACAUUCAAUGGCGCUGCACUAGCGCUAAUGGAGCGAUCACUACGGGACGGAACGGAUCCUAGCGAGACAGAGAUUUGCGAAGCAGACCCAACAUUUCCUAUCAAGACCAAGCGCUCGAAGACGGGCCGGGUACAAAAAUGGAGGGAAAUCAAGUCCAAACUCGUCCUGAGUGAGGAUUUUGUGGCGCAGUGUGAGGAACCCAGUCAUCGAAUUCCUCGGAGAGAAGAUCUUGAACGCAUUUUCCGAGAGAGCCACCUAACAACGGAUCCAGAGUCGGCCAGCGUCGCUUUUUCGAUUCACAGAUCAUGGCGGGAAACUUGGAAAUCGAUAUCUUCAGUGUACCAAACAAACGUCAAGAAGUUUGGACUCACAAGAGAGAGCUUCCAACAUCAGCUGGACACUUGUUCUUGCAAGGUGGGCGUGACGGCGGAAGAACCACAAACAUCUCAGACAACCACAGGCGCUAACAACAAUGUCGAGACCGUGUCUGAUGACGAACAGGACGACUUUGAGGGAUUUCCAGACCAGAGUGACAGUAACAGCGAGGAUUCGGAAGCAGAAACCUACGAUCUUUUCGAAGAGAUGGACAUCUCUGCAAGAGAUCCUGAUGCAGGAAUCCAGAUCAACAAGAGACCUCGUGCCGUCACUCGCCAUGACUACCAAAACAGCAUCAUAUCCCGGGACACCUUAGAACAACACAUUGAAAACCUAUCGGACACUCACAAUGUACAUCUGAAGGUCAUGAAGGUGGAAAAGACUACGGUCAGUAUGACUACUAGUAUUGGCGACAACAAAGAGGUCAGUCUACUUGGCACCAUGAAGACGUUUGCGUGCCACAGGGCCGGCAUCCCAAGAAGAAAACGGCUGAGCAAACGGCGAAGGAAAAAGAGCAGUGCAGUUGGAUGUUCCUUCCGCGUGAAGAUUUUUACCCCGGACGAAGAGAGCCAGCCACUACAAGUUCGCCUCUUUCCACACCAUUGUAACCACACCCCUGGCUCAGAGGAGGACAGCUGCUACCUACCCGUACAUGAGACUGUGAAACAGAUGGCCACUGACUGUCUCGGUGUAGGUAUGACGGCACAGCAAACCUCCAACAUGCUCCAGUCCAUGCAACAGUCCGUGUCUAUUGUAAACAUUAACAACGGCCGCUGGAGGACAACUCUGACAAGGAAAGAACUGUCUCAGCUUCAGUAUGAAAUACGCUGUAGCAAGAGGGUACAUCAGGAUGACUGGGUCGGCACCUACGCCAAGGCACAGCGUCUCCGAGACCAGGGCGUAUGUAUUUUCUUUCAAGAAUACGACCCUGACAAUGAAGACCCCGACAAGAGACCAUUUGUCCUAGUUCUCCAGACAGAAUGGCAACGGCAGAUGGCGGAACGCUUCAGCCCAAACAGCGUCUGGACGGUAGACUCCACAUUCGGUCUGAAUUCUUACGGCUUACCUGUCUUCAGCGCAGUAGUGCCAAAUCAAAACCGCCAGGGACUGCCAAUCUUCUACUUGAUAACGUCAAAUGACGUAAAGACCAACCAUGAGGAGACAGGGGUCCGACUCGGGUUCGAAGCUGUCCUGCAAAGAAUGACGACACGACCGAACGCCAUCAUUAUUGACAAAUCUCUUACUGAAAAGAGGGCGAUUGAGCGGGCUGUACAGAACGACCCCUUGUCCUGGGAAGAUGGAACUCAGACCAAAUGCCGCCUUCUCUUGUGCUGGUUCCACGUCAAGAAGGCAUGGACGGAGAACUUGCUCCCAAAGUUGGACGGACAGAUGGCAGCCGACGUGUACGACAGACUGUGUGAGCUUAUGCUGCAGCCGACGUGGCAGAGCUUUGAUGAUAACUUGGCGCAGUUCUAUGCCGAAUACGAGAACGUCCAGCAAGUCACCAAGUACAUGCGUGGGUGGGACUGCGACGAAUGGCGUAGCAUGUGGGUGCGGGCUGGUCGCUAA